AUGACAACAGUAGUCAGCUCAUUAACUCCAAUCCGAACUGAUGGACAUAAGCUUUGGAAACUAUUGUUCCAGCUUUCAUUCUCUGACGACUCGCCGGCAUCACUGGCUGUCCUACGAGCAAUGUUGUCCGUGGCAUCGUUAUAUCGCUAUGGCCACGGCGAUGAGCCACUCCGGCUAAAGACAUCAGCACUGGAGUCACUAAACACAUCCAUGAGCGGGCGCAUUACCGGAACAACAGAGAUCUACCAGCAUGCUGCCGUGGGGAUGUUACUCUGUGCUUUCGAGAUCUUCCAACCAUCAGAGAGCUCUUUUGAAUGGCCGUUGUACGUGUCCGGCGCUAAGAGUAUGCUCCAUGUGAUUUGCGAUGGUGGAUAUCCCAAGCUGAUGGAGGCUGACCUUCUGAUACUCUGGGUACAUUACCAUGAUAUUCUGGGAAAAUUUACCUCCAGACAUUGGAGAGUUCAGUCAGCGGAAAAUGCGUCAAUAUUCAAGAUACCGGGUAUGGCUUCCACUCUGGCUUCUGUAGCGCAUGACCAGAAGUGGCAGGUUCUGGGAAUAUUUGGGUGCUCGUUGGAAAUGAUGAACCUGAUCGCUAGAAUGUCAGAAAUUAACCCCGACAGUAAAAUUCCCGACAAUCAAUACACCGAGCAAGCAAUCCUGGAUUCCAUUGAACAUGAGUUAAUGGCAAUCAACCAAGACAUCACACACCUUAUUGGAACGAAUUCCGCAGAAGAGGUCGAACAUGGGAGAAAAAUAUCUAAGCUCUACCAACUGGCAGCGCUGAUCUAUUUUGAGCGUGUGCUGAAACAUUACUCCACUGGCGGGCGGUUAGCAAGAUGGUCUGCUGAAGCCUUUGAUAUCAUUCAGCAGUUGGACAUAUGCGAGAGGCCGUUCCCGCUGUUUUUUGUAGCAUGUGAAGCGCAUACUGAUACACAAAGGGAGGUAAUACUUUCCAUAUUGCGAAGAACACAAAAAGUGUCAAGCCAGCGACGGUUGUAUGCUGUCCACGGGAUGAUUGAAUCGAUGUGGGUGCAAUAUGACCUGGCUUCAGAUCAGGGAGGGACGAGUUAUGUUGAUGUUUUGGAUACUAUCAUGUCUUCGAACAAACUUCUACCAACAUUAGCCUGA